AUGGAUUCCGACGAGGUCGUGCCAGAUCCUACCCAUAAAGUGGAUGAGAAUCUUGAUGAGAAAUAUCCAAACCGACCCCAUAACCAUGCUCCAACGUUCGCGUUCCACGAGCUCUAUCUGAACCUCUUCAACCCCCUCAGUGAGAUCAAGAAGAAGCCACCUGGCCUAGCUCCUGGACGUCGCAAAGUUGGACCGCAGGGAAAAGGAGCAGCAGGCCUUAACCCGUAUGAGCUUCGCCGUGAUGUUAUUGCUCGUUUCAUCUCGCGAUGGCGCAAAGAUGUGGGUGACGAUAUUUACCCUGCCUUCCGGCUGAUUCUUCCAGACAAGGAUCGGGAUCGCCCCAUGUAUGGAAUGAAGGAGAAGAUCAUAGGGAAGAUGUUGGUGAAAAUCAUGAAAAUCAACAAGGAAUCAGAAGACGGCUCCAACUUACUGAACUGGAAGUUGCCGGGCCAGUCAUCGACGCCCAUGGCAGGUGAUUUUGCAGGGAGGUGCUACGAUAUUCUAUCUAAAAGGCCCUUGCGAACAGAGCCAGGAGACAUGACAAUCGAUGAAGUCAACGAGAAGCUGGACAAGCUUUCAAUUGCCUCGAAAGAAGAUCAACAGACGCCUAUUUUGGCCGAAUUCUACCGGCGAAUGAAUCCUGACGAACUCACAUGGCUUAUUCGCAUUAUUCUGCGACAGAUGAAAGUCGGAGCUACAGAGCGCACGUUCUUCAAUGUGUGGCACCCAGACGCAGAGAAUCUCUACAGUAUCUCCAGUAGCCUGCGACGUGUGUGCUGGGAGCUGCAUGAUCCAAAUAUCAGGCUAGAGGCAGAGGAUCGUGGCAUCACUCUGAUGCAGUGCUUCCAACCCCAACUGGCUCAGUUCCAGAUGCACUCUUUCGACAAGAUGAUCACGCGAAUGAGGACUACAGAGGACGAUCCGGUUUUUUGGAUCGAGGAGAAGAUGGAUGGCGAGCGAAUUCAGCUUCAUAUGGCGCCCGAUAAUUCUGUCCCAGGCGGUCGCAAAUUCUGCUUUUGGUCUCGCAAAGCUAAGGAAUACACCUAUCUCUACGGCAAUGGAAUAUACGAUGAGAAUGGGGCUUUGACACGACAUCUUGAAGAUGCAUUCGCAGAUGGGGUUAGAAGCCUGAUUCUCGACGGCGAGAUGGUCACCUGGGACCCUGAGCAGGAUGCUCCCGUUCCGUUCGGGACACUCAAGACUGCCGCUCUGGCUGAGCAACGCAACCCUUUUUCGAAAGGACCACGUCCCCUAUUUCGCGUCUUUGAUAUCCUGCAUCUCAACGGCACAGAUUUGACCAGAUACACUCUUCGUGACCGCCGCAAUGCUUUGAAAAAGGCCCUCCGACCGGUACGUCGUCGAUUCGAGAUACAUCCAUACGAAGAGGCAACCACAGCGGCAGAAAUCGAGACAUGCCUACGCAAAGUCGUUGCGGAGGCAUCCGAAGGUUUAGUUCUGAAAAAUCCUCGAUCACCCUAUCGACUUAAUGAGCGUCACGAUGACUGGAUGAAGGUGAAGCCAGACUACAUGACGGAGUUCGGCGAGUCCCUUGACGUAGUCGUGAUUGGCGGUUACUAUGGUCAAGGCCAUCGGGGUGGUAACUUGUCUAGUUUCCUCUGUGGCCUUCGAGUCGACGACAGCCACUCUUCACAGGGUGCAGAGCCUGAGAAGUGUUGGUCAUUCUGUAAAGUUGGCGGAGGGUUUACUGCUUCCGACUACCAGGAGAUUCGCCAUCAUACAGAGGGCAAAUGGAAGAAAUGGGAUCCCAAAAAACCACCUACGAACUUUAUUGAGUUAGCGGGUGGAGGUGCUCAGCAUGAGCGACCCGAUAUGUGGAUCAAACCGUCUGAUUCUGUUGUUGUUUGUGUGAAAGCAGCUUCCGUCGCCACGAGUGACCAAUUCCGUAUGGGUCUAACUUUACGCUUCCCGCGCUUCAAAAAGCUACGGAAAGACAAGAACUGGAAGACUGCGCUAUCGAUCCAAGAGUUUUUGGAUCUUAAGUCAAAUGCGGAACAGGAACAUCAGGACAAGAAAUUCGAUGUGGACAAUUCUCGCAAAAAACGCGUCAAGCGAACAGCGAUGAGACCACUGACCAUUGCUGGAUAUGAUGAGAAGGAGAAUGCCGAGUACCUUGGUCCUUCAGGGCAUGUAUUUGCCCAUUUGAAUUUCUUUGUCAUGACAGAGGCAAAUGCCCCCGAGAAAAAGUCAAAGGCAGAGCUGGAGCAGCUGGUGAAAGCCAACGGAGGCAAGAUUUACCAAACGAAUACUGCAGCUCCAGACAUAAUAUGCAUCGCUGAGAGAAGGACGGUCAAGGUGGCCUCUUUACAGAAGUCUGGUGAUACCAAUAUCGUCAGACCAUCCUGGCUAAUGGACUGUGUGAAGCAGAACAUAAAAGAUGCAGGGCUAUCGGAUUUAAUCCUUCCUUUUGAACCAAGGCACAUGUUCUUUACCAUAGAAGGUCGAGAUGAAGAGAUCAGUUUCAAUGCCGAUCGAUUCGGUGAUAGUUAUGCUCGUGACACCACUGUCGAGGAGCUCAAAGAGACUUUGGAGAAAAUGGGGCACCUCAAGCAAGAAUCAGAGCACACACUCGACUGUCGCACAUCAAAACGAAUCGAGGCUUUAAUUCAACGAAAAGUGGAUUCGGGAUACACAGCACCGUGUGGAUGGCUCUUCCGUGACCUGGUGCUCUAUUUUGUCACUUCAAACGAGUCGAGUGGUGAAGAAAAUGGUCGAUGGUCACCGAAUUUAGGUCUGACUCUCGCACAGAAUACUGCUCGCUUCGGGGCUGCAAGCUUGACCACGUCACUUGACAAUCCGGGAAUUACCCAUGUCAUCGUUGAUCAAGAUAUGGCAUCCUCUUUGCAAGUCGUUUCUCUGCGAGGAUCUCUGGCCACCAGGCCAGGUAAGAAGUUGCCCCAUCUCGUUAGCUCGAAAUGGGUGGAAGAAAGUUGGAAGAACGGAACGCUCUUGGAUGAAGAGAGGUUCCAGGUACGCCGAUGA